AUGGCUACCGGAAACUCCGCAAAAAUUACCGAUUGGGUAAACCCCAACGACAAGUCCGGCGAAUUCAAGCGACAGCAGUCUGCCUUUCGCAGCUUUAUCUCCCGCGAGGCCGGAGCUGAGUUCCCGCCAGAGAAGGGCCGUUACCAUCUCUAUGUUUCAUAUGCCUGUCCCUGGGCUCACCGGACCUUGAUCACCCGUAAGCUCAAGGGUCUCGAGGAUAUCAUUUCCUUUUCGUCGGUGCACUGGCACCUCGCCGAGAAGGGAUGGCGUUUUGCCACUGCGGACGAGGAUCUCCCCGGUGAAAACACUAUCCCCGACCCAUUGCACCCCGAGUACACUCACAUCCGCGAAGUCUACUUCUCCAACGACCCAGACUAUGCCGGACGUUUUACCGUCCCCGUUCUUUUUGAUAAGAAGACCAAGCAGAUCGUCAGCAACGAGAGCGCCGAGAUCAUCCGCAUGCUCUACUACGAGUUCGAUGAUCUCCUCCCAGAGUCCUACAAGAAGCUCGAUCUGUUCCCAGCCAACCUGCGCGAGCAAAUCGACACAAGCAAUGAAUGGAUCUAUAACGACGUCAACAACGGCGUCUACAAAUCCGGCUUCGCAACCACCCAAGAAGCCUACGAGAAAGCUGUGACUACACUCUUCAGCUCCCUGGACAAGAUCGAGGCCCACCUCACCACCCAGGCCUCCGUCUCGCCAUACUUCUUUGGCAAUUCCGUCACUGAGUCAGAUAUUCGCCUUUUCACCACUAUUAUCCGGUUUGAUCCUGUGUACGUGCAGCACUUCAAGUGCAAUAUUCGGGAUAUCCGUUCUGGAUACCCGGCUAUUCACCGUUGGCUGAGGGCUUUGUACUGGGAUCUGCCGGCGUUCCGGGAUACAACGGAUUUCGAGCAUAUUAAGAAGCAUUAUACGAAGUCGCACAAGCAGAUUAAUCAGUUUGCUAUUACGCCUGUUGGACCUUUGCCGGAUAUUCUGCCCAAGGAUCAGGAGGUUAAUGCUGUGAAGGGUGCUUAG